UCCAGCUGCCUCGGCCUUCUAAGUAGAUCACUUGUUUUCUUUCCUGCUGUUCAGCCUCUGUCUCUCUCUCUCUCUCUCUCUCUCUCUCUCUCUCUACCAGUUUCUCCUUCCCUCACCCUCUCCCUGUUUCUCUCUCUCUCUCUCUCUCUUUUUCUCUGGGCUGUGUGUAAGAGGAUCACUUUGUUUCCGUAGCCUUUUUUUCCGCGCUGCUGCAGACACAUGGAGGAGGAGAGGACUGGAUUUGGGGGAGAUACUGACGGGGGUGCACAGCUGCAACAGUCCCCUCCAUCUCCACACUAGGACUAAUGCCCCUCAUCUCUCUCUCUCUCUCUCUCUCUCUGUCUUUCCCUCCCUGUGUGUUUGGUUCUCCCUCUGUCGCACUCUCUCUGCCUCUCGAUGGGGUGGGGGGUGCCAUAUGGGAGCUCAGAAAAAUGGAAGUGGAUCGGAGAUAGACAUGAGAGGAAUCUGUCAUUCUCGAGCUCGGAUAUCAGAAUCUUUUGGAGAGGCGAGCUUAAAGCUGACCCGAGCAGCAAACCCCCCCGAAGCGAGACACUUCCCAUGGAGGGAGCCCUGGCAAUGCUCUUUCUUUCUCCGUUCUCAAAGCUCCGACGCUGCUCUCGCCUUAUUUGUCCUCCUCUCCUCUCCUCUCCUCUCCUCUCCUCUCUUCUCCUCUCCUCUCCUCCUCUCCUCUCCUUGUUUUUCCUCCAUCCUUCGCCUUUUACAGCCCCCCCCCCCCGCCUUUAUUCUCUCUGUUUCUCCAGAGCGAAGAGGAGAAAGAGGAGGAAGAAAGAAAGGUGGGGAGGGGAUUGAAGUGAAGUGGAGGAGGCGUUUCCCGCAAGCAGAGUCGAGCAACCUCCCCCCCCCCCCCCCCCCCUCCCUCCCUCCCUCCCCUCGGCUCCUCAUCAGUAUGCGCGGCGGUUGCUCAGGUGACACGGCCGCUGGAUUCGGUCCCGACUGCAGGAACAUCAGCAGCGUGGCGGAGCGCGGGAUCGCAGGUAAGGACAAUGAGAACAGGCGGGAGAAAAUGAGGAGAGACAGGGGAGGCAGGGAAGGGGAGAGGCAGGAGUGGAAGAAAGCUCGGAAAAAAACCCUGCGCUGCUGCUCCCUCGCCGCCCAGAACGGAGCUCCAUUAACCCUGCAGACCGGAGACAAAGCACCCUGCUCAGCGCGGGACACCGCUGGCAGAGAGACGCACACCUCCCAACAUCCUGCAGAAACACUUAGCAUGACAGCCAUCGGAUAA